UUCUCUCAGGCCUUGUGGACUCCCUCGCUCCGGAUCCUCAGCUGUAGCUCCACUCUGGAGAUUCCCACUAGCCCUUGUUUGCAGGCCUCCGCCUGCCUCAGAGUCACCCCCCCAGCGCUCCUCAGGCAGCUCUGCAAUUUCUGCCUGCCCAGAUGCUCAGCUGCUGCUCUCUCCCUGCAGCCUGCAGGGAACUGACCCCUCUCUGCCCCUCUCCAGGGCCAGAAAAUACCUUUGAGCAGUCUCCCUCUGCCAAUCCUGAGCGAGAUGCUGCUCCGGAAAUUGGAGCAGGAGGAGGAACUUACCAGGAGGCCCAAGAAGGUCUACCUUGUUAAAGUGAUGGGAACCAGGAACCUGUGGAAAAACAUUGUGGUAUUAUGUGUGAACUCGCUGACGUGGUUUGGGAUACACCACUGUUUUGUAAAAAGCAUGAUGGGCCCUGAGGUGAAGAUGCCAAUCACCCAUGAUUUCUAUACCAUGGUGGGGAUUGCUCUGGCAUCCUGCCUAGUCACAUACCCAAUUGUUGGUUUCUAGGGCAAAGAGGAGAACUGCUGCUGUUCAUGAUUCUAACAGCUCUGGCAUUGCUUCUACAGCUUGGCCUUCUCAACUGUAAGUGAAGAUAUCCAAGUGACUUGCACGUAGAGGCUGGUCAGAGCACAUUGUAUUUCAGAGUGGCAUGAGGCUUUGAAUCUCUGGCUGUUCUCAGCUAACAACGGGGGUGGGGGAAGGAAUUUCAUAAAGAACUUCUGCAGUGCAGAGAAGUAGCAAAUCAACUGUGCAUGAAGAAUGCUUAUUCACAUGUUGUGCACUCUUAUUGCAGGCAAGAAAGAAUGUAACUCGGUGUAGAUUUCCUUCCCUUAUCUUCACUCUUUCAAUUACAGUGUAAUUCUGUUGUCCUCCCCACCUCCUCAUCCUUCAUUGUUCUGCUUAGUGCAGCAGAGUUCAGUUAGACUAAGGGUAUAGCUACAUGUUCCAACUAGCACAUGCUAGCUUUCAGGGAUGUUAAUACUCUCUGUAAGGUGCACUGUUCUGACCUGCCCUUAGAGGCCUGGCCAGCUGAGGCAUGGCUAAGAGCUGCCAAAUUGACUCUGUGUCUGUCCUGCUCACCUGUUCAGUAGGCAGCAUAGGUCCCAGGAACAGGCCUGUAGCCCAGAUCAGGACCUUGUCAGCCUCUGAAGAUGCAUAUUGGGUCCAUCCGCCCCUCCCCACUCCCAUCUGUCCAGACUGGGUCCCUGCUGCCUUUCAUGAGCCCAGAUUGGGCCCACAGCACACCUCUACUGCCCCCCAAAAUCAUGCCCUUCACCCCAUAUUAGCUCCCACUCCUCCCAGAUUCCUGCUCACCCCCUGCAGCUUCCCACUUACCUGUGCCUGCUGGCACUGUACUAGGGAGCAGUCCAGGGUGGGGAACCUGUCUGCCACCACUGCUGUUACUCUCUGGGUUAGGCCCAGCCCAGAGCAGCAGCUGCUGCAACAGCUGUGGUGGCAGUGGCUAGCAGGCAGGCAGGCAGCACAGGUAAAUGGGGACGUGGGGGGCUGGGAGGGAAGGUGGGGGGAGCCCCAAGCCUGGUGUUGAGCAUGACAUGGGAGCAGGGCGUGGGAGGAGAAUUCUUACCUUUCUGUCUCCUCUGGCUGAGGGAAGAAAGAGCAUCCACCUGGGGAUGGUUUGGAGUGAUGCCUCCUGGGCUAGUGGAGGACUGCUCCCAACUCUUGGCCCUAUGGAUAGUCUGAUGUAGCUGCAACAUGAGCUACUCAAGAUGAACUUGAGAUAAUCCUCGCUAGAAGAGGACUCUUUCUGAGACACUCAGAGGACACUUAGCUUGUGUUUCCCUGCCCUGAUGUGUGGCCACUCCUGUUUAAAGGAGUCCUUAACAUAUCUUAAAGGUAACAAUUAACAGUAUCCUUAGUCACCCACUUGAGGAAGAUUUAAAAAAUGGAGUGCGCUUCCAUCUUGGCUGAUUGUCUGUUUAGAAAAAAAAAGGGUGGGGGGUGCAAAUCUGAUAUCCGUUUUCUUAAGGAAACCAUGAAUUUUUUAAGAGAAUGGAUUCUUAAGAGAAUCCAUGGAAACUUCAUCCAGGUUCAACUGAGCAGGACCCAACAGAGCUGUCUUUCAAGAACACUGCAAAGAAAAUCAGCCAGGAAAAAAACAAACAAAAGGUUCCUUCCCCUUUCUCAGCUGCUUUUGACAUGCAAUAUGCUUGCUUUGAAAGUGAUUGGCAGAAUCCCAGAGUUCCUCUCUGUCUGUGCUGAAAAGGCAUUUACUAUCUGUGAGGAACAUUAUUCACUAAAUCUGCAUCAUGGGCAUCUGGUUGGAUUUUGGUAGCUUCUGGUUCUAUCAUAUAUUUUAUUUAAAGAAAAAAAAAAUGUCCAAAUGGCUUUUGGCAAAAGAGUCAGGUUGAGUGGACUGCACUUGCUUCUCUGGUAGCUCCUAAAAUGGGUGUUACUCUGAGCAGUCCCACCAAUGCAGGAGCUCUUUGUUCCUUCAUCCCUCCUCUUUGGUAAACUUGUGGCCAGCCACUGGCAAUCCACAGGUAGCAACACAGUCAGGAAACAUUGCUCUCAUUUAAAUGUGGAUUGUGUGUAUGUAUAACAUACAUGAGCCAGAUCCUGUUCUGCUGUAGUAUGAUCCUGUCCCAAUCCCUGUUAAACAGGUCCUGUCCCAAUCCUUGAUUCUACCCUGUCCCCAUCCCUGAUAAACAGUUCACACAGAAAAUAAGGAUGGGUCCUCCUAUUUGGCAUAAUGUUAUGAUUUAAUCUUAAGGGUUUUCAACAAGCUUGCAGAAGGGAGUAGUAGAUAUGUUGGAGGGUAGGGCUGGGAUUCAGAGUGACCUAGACAAAUUGGAGGAUUUGGCCAAAAGCAGUCACAUGAGAUUCAAGCAGCACAAAUGCAAAGUCCUGCACUUGGGAUGGAAAAAUCCCAUGCACCGGUACAGGCUGAGGGCUGACUGGCUGGGCAGCAACUCUGCAGAAAAGGACCCGGGGGUUACAG